AUGGAAUGUAUUGAUAGUUUAGCUUUGGCCAUCAAUUCUUUCCCCGGAGGCAUGAUAUUAGUAUCUCACGAUUUUAGAUUAAUCUCUCAAGUUGCAAAAGAAAUUUGGGUUUGUGAUAAUAAAACUAUUACUAAAUGGCCACUUGAAAUCACAAGCUACAAUAAUUACUUUAAGGUUCAAAUGAGAGAUCUUACAAAGCAAUCUUCAUUAGCAUCAUUAAAAAAAUAA